AUGGCUGCAAGACAGCAAAGACAACACCGUGUUUUUAAGCCGAGAUUAGAUCCCUUUACGGAAUACAAUGCUUUAGGACUUAUCACACGCUACCGUUUUGAUAGACAAGGAAUUGAAUAUAUCGGGACACUGAUUGACGAUUUCGUUUCACCAGCAACAAGUCGAAAUUGUAGCAUACCAACUAAUUUACAAGUCAUGAUUGCUCUUCGCUAUUUCGCAACAGGAAAAAUGCAGUUAUGUAACGGGGAUGACUUCGGAAUUCACCAAUCCACUGUGUCUAGGAUUGUUCAAAGGGUCUCUACAGCCUUAACUCGACCGCAUAUCAUUCAAAGAUAUAUAAAAUUUCCUACCGACGCUCAGACAAUUCACCGGCACCAGACAGACUUUCACGCAAUCGCCAAUUUUCCGGGAGUGCUCGGCGCUAUCGACGGGACCCAUGUUAGGAUAUUGCGUCCUACAGUUAAUGAAGAAGAAUUUGUUAAUAGAAAAAACUUCCACAGUGUUAAUGUGCAACUUGUUGUGGACGCACAUUGUCAUAUACUGGACAUAGUCGCCAAGUGGCCAGGGUCAACACAUGACGCAAGAAUUUUGCGAGAAAGUGGCAUUAGCCAAUUAUUUCAAACACCCGGACUAAUUCCUGUUAAAUGUCACCUACUCGGCUAUAGUGGCUAUCCGUGCAAGAACUGGAUCCUGACUCCCUUCCUUAACCCUGCAACCAAACAGGAAAGAAGAUACAAUGGGUUGUGUCCAGAGAGGGCUUGCAAGAUUAUAAUGGCCUGCGCAGUACUUCAUAAUUUAGCAAAAUUGCUCAACACGCCAAUCAUUGACGAGGAUCGUGAAAGUGGCGAUGAUUCUGAUGAGGGCAGUGAUGAAGAUGAUGCCGACAACAACAACAACUGUGUCCCUGACAAUCUAGAUGGUAGAGCAUACAGAAAUCACAUUACAGUGAAUCAUUUCUAG